AUGGAUAUCACCAGUAAUAACCACUUUAUUUCUCAGUCUAUUAUGCUUCUACGAUGCUGUACCUUCGGCGAGUAUAUCUCUAUGGUGUCUAGCAUCUUCUCCCCAGGCCAAUCUGUUUCAGGAAGCCAGACAAUCACCUCUACUGGUGGCAUAUUUGAGCUAGGUUUCUUCACACCAGAUACUUGGCUGCCGGGUGCAAGGCUUGGAUAUAAUAAGCUCACCAAGGAAAAAGUAAUUCUUACGCCAUGGAGAACUUCAAGUGAUCCAGCACCCGGCCUCUUCUACUUAGAGGUACAACAAAAUGGACCAAGUUUUUGGUUACUCUGGAAUGGUUCUGAAACUUAUUCGACCAGCGGAUAUUGGACAGGGAAACUCUUCAGCCUCGUUCCAGAAAUGGCGGAGAAUGAUUAUGUUUCAAAUUUUACUUUUGCUUCAAAUGAGAAUGGAAGCUAUUUUACUUAUGUUGUUGCCUCUUCAAAUAACUUUAUCAGGAUUAUGCUAGAAAUCACUGCAUCUGCAACCAGAAGUACGUGUCUCUUUGUGGCUGCCUGCAAGGAUUUGAACCCCAAGUCCCAAAAGAUUGGAAAUUACAAGAUCACUCAAAUGGCUAUAUGA